UUGUAACUGACAUUUCGCCACAUAAACAUGAAAAAAUUAGCGUUUUCUUUGUUUUAAACAAAUUAUACGGUCAAUUUGUUAGCAUUAAUACAAAUAUUAAAAUUAAGAAUAUCCCCAGAAAAUACAGGAUAUGACUCGAAUGCUAUUUAUUUCGUAAAAACUAUGGAUUUUGUGGAUUUCGCAUGAAGUAACCUUGGUCGCAAGAUUUUUACUAGCUAUUGUUUUAAAUGUACAAGUUCAUGAUGAAUUACUAAUUUUACAAUGGAUAUUAUACUACCAGUGUGUCGAGUGUGCCUCUCGACUGAGGCUAGCAAAGAUAUUUUUGACUUAAAAUCGCAACGAAGUGAUAAGACCUGCUCUGAAAUUGUAUUGUUUUGUCUUGGUAUUCAGGUGGACAAUGAUACAAAAGUCAGUACUAAGUUGUGUUUGAAAUGCUUUAGGAAAAUAGUCUCUUUCUACAAUUUUAAGUUGCUGGCUCACAAAAAUGACGAGUAUUUAAAGAAUUUGGACCCUAACACUCAUAUAAAAAAAGAAACGUUGGAUGAAGGCUUAAAGGAUGAAAGUGUAUCUUGUGACAGUGAUGUGAAUGAAAUUGUUGAUGCCGAAAUUAAGUUAGAACCUGACCCCGUGAAGGACGAAGAUGUCCCAGAGGAGUGUCAGUCAGACGACGAGCUUCUGAGCGUGAUCAAGAAAAUUAAAUAUGAAUACAUUCCAGCAGACAAUGGAACCGAAACCAAAGAAAAUGAGAACCUCAAAACCAAGAAAGGGAAGAAAGGCAAAGAAAAAUCCAAAACUCAUAUCUGUGAUGAAUGCGGCAAAAGUGUGAAGGACCUAAAGGCGCACAUGCAACAGCACGAGCCCAAAGAGAACCGGAAGAGGGUGCCGUGCACCUUGUGCGAUAAAACCUUCUCAACACAUAAUGCGAGAUACAAACACAAGAGAAACAAACAUCUUGGAAUUAAAAUAUCUUGUCCUAUUUGUAAUAAAGCGGUGAUCAACAUCAAGCAGCACACGCUGCAGAUGCACAAAGUGUCGGAGCUGCGUUACGAGUGCGUUCCGUGCGGGCGCCGCUUCAUCUCGCCGUCGGCGCGCGACGCGCACCAGACCGUGCACACCAAGGACCGGCCGCACGCCUGCGACCAGUGCGACAAGCGAUUCCGGAGCAAGCUCAGCUUGGUGCAGCACAAGCGACAAGUCCACGAUAAAGAGAAGACUCACUUGUGCCAGUUUUGUUCUAAAAGCUUUUUCAAGAAAUAUCAUCUUCAAGUUCAUUUACGCUCGCACACAAAGGAGAAGCCGUACGAGUGCAAGCAGUGCGGCAAGUCGUUCUCGUCGUCCACCAUCCUCAAGAACCACUCCUACACGCACGCGGCAGAGAAGACCUUCCGCUGCACGCUCUGCGACAUGAGCUUCGUGCGCUCGGGAUACCUCCGCGCACACAUGCUCAGCCACACUCGAGAGAAGCGGUAUCCCUGCAACUACUGCGGCAUGAAGUUCCACCGCUCCGACCACCGCAAGCGACACGAGUUCACGGCGCACGAGAAACACUUGGCCUCCACGUGAUAUACGACUCUAAACCCACGAGCGCAGGGCACAAAGUCGCGUGGGAUAAACAGCCAGGUUCACUCGAGCAAAACACGGUGUCCACGUUAAAUACGACUUUAAACAGACUCGCGCAAGGUACAAAGUCGCAUGGAAUAAACAAGUAAAAGGUUUACUGGAGCACAAAGCACGGCCUCCACGUGAUAUCGAACUCUAAACAGACGAGCGCAGGGUACAAAGUUGCGUGCGAUAAGCAAGAACCAAACGUUCUCCAAGCCCAAACCACAGUGUCCACGCGAUAUCCAACUCUAAAACGACAAGCGCGUGGUACAAUUUCGCUUGGCAGAACCAGGCGCACUAAACCACUUCUACGUAAUAUCAAACUCUAAUAUGACCAGCCCAAAGCUUUUUUUUUGCGUGCAGUAAAAAAAAAUAUGACGAGAGAUCACUGUUGGUGUUGUAACAUGAAAUACACGCAUUCGUGUCUUUCGUUCGUUUCAGCCGAAAGACGUCCACUGCUGGACAAAGGCCUCCCCCAAGGAUUUCCACAAAGACCGGUCCUGCGCCGCUUGCAUCCAGGUACUUCCCGCGACCUUCACCAGAUCGUCGGUCCACCUAGUGGGAGGCCUGCCCACGCUACGUCUUCCAGCUCGUGGUCGCCACUCAAGAACUUUCCUGCCCCAGCGGCCAUCAGCUCUUCGAGCUAUGUGCCCCGCCCACUGCCACUUGAUUUUAGCGAUUCUGCGGGCUAUGUCAGUCACUCUGGUUCUCCUACGGAUCUCCUCAUUUCUGAUUCGAUCACGCAGGGAAACUCCGAGCAUAGCACGCUCCAUCGCUCUUUGGGUGACCUUGAGCCUUCUUAUGAGGCCCAUAGUAAGCGACCACGUCUCAGAGCCAUACACCAUCACUGGCAACACACACUGGUCAAACACUUUUGACUUGAGACACUGCGGUAUUUCGGACGUGAGAAUUUCGCGAAGCUUCCCGAACGCUGCCCAGCCGAGUUGGAUUCGACGAUUAACCUCUUUCUCGAAGUUGGACCUACCUAACUGGACUGUUUGUCCCAGGUAUACAUAAUUGUCAACAACUUCGAGUAUAGUGUCUCCAACCUUCAGAGGAGUGGGUACAACACGGGCAUUUGACAUAAUUUUUGUCUUGUCCAUGUUCAUUUUAAGACCCACUUGUUGAGAGGCUCUACUGAGGCCAUCGAGCAUUGUGUUUAGGUCCUCCACGGUCUCAGCCAUGACUACGAUAUCGUCCGCGAAACGAAGGUGGGUGAUAUACUCGCCGUUGAUAUUUAUGCCGAAUCCGCUCCAGUCCAGAAGCUUGAAAACAUCUUCCAGGGCGGUGGUGAACAGUUUCGGAGAUAUGACAUCUCCCUGUCUCACCCCUCGCUGCAACUGGAUAGGUUUCGAGUUCUGUUCGUGUCUUUAGAUAGGUAUAAUUUAAUAUUUUAUAGUAUAUUUUGUUUUGCUAUAUUAGCAAACAAUACCCUGGUUAUUUAUUUUAAAAAUUGACGAAUCCAUUAGGUUAGUAUGGAAUCAGGGUUAUAAAAUGUACUAUGACCGGGCACACUAUGAAUUUUAUCAAUUUGCUUUCUAAAAAUGGAAUGGGGUAAAUCUUUGUCAAAUUAUUUUUAAUUUGUUAUAUUUUUAGCUAUUGUACAAAUAUUAGUUAUUUAUUUAGAAAAAUGGUUAUUUAAAUAAAUUCUAUAUUAUGUUGA